AUGUGUUGUUGGAAAUCAGGUCUCAGGCUGUCUGGAAAUGCCUUUGGAGGUGUUGGAGACACAUCUUUUAGAGGUUGUUGGAUCAUAAUUAACAAGCAAAUUGAAAAUAACGUAUAUGAGGAGGCCAAGAGAGCCUUGAGGAUUUCAACAAUUCUCACAUACCUUAAUAGACAAUGGAUAUCGGUCGAAGGAUGCUUGGAAAUGCCUUUGGAGGUGUUGGAGACACAUCUUUUAGAGACUACAAAUUACCAGGAUACCCCGUGGUAUUAUCCAUGCUGCAUCAAUAUUCAGAGACAAAACGUUAUGGAACCAAAAAGAAAGAAAAGAAACACUGGAGGACUAUUUGGAAGAAUUCGGAAAUUCUUCAGCCGACGGAUUGAAAAGAAUUAA